AUGAAAAUUAUAUCAAUCAAUUCAAGUUGUUAUUUUUUAAUUAUCUUAUUUUAUAAAUUCUUUUAUAUUGGAAUUUUAUCUAGUCAAGUUUAUUCAGACAAUCAGUCAUACGGUGGAGCUCAGUUAAAAAUUGAAUGGGAUUAUAAUAAUCCUGCAUCGCUAUUGGAGAAUGGACAAGUUUGUGAUCGUGUUGGAGGAAAAGAAUGUGAUGUUUACUUCACAUUAUGUUUAAAAAAUGCAGCAUCAGUUACAAAUAAUAUAGACAAAUGUCAUCUACUUCAGCAUACCACAAGAGUAUUCGAUAAUGCUGGUUAUUUAGAAUUUCGUGGAGCUGAUGGAAUUGAGAUUUUUGUACCACAACCUGUUCCAAAUGAAUACACCUUUACUUUGGGUAUAUUGGAACAAGAUAUUUUUGGUUCGGUUGAAUUGAUUGGUACAUUGGUAGCCAAUCAUUUCUCAUUAUUUCCAACAAACAAUUGGACUAAUAUAAAAAUUACCAGAGAUAAUGAUCAAUAUAAAAAUACCAUUUAUGUUAACGUACGAAUGCGGUUACGUUGCUUGCAAAACUACUUUGGUAAACAUUGUCAAGUUUUUUGUAAACCCGAACCAUAUCGAUAUACUUGCAGUUCAGAUGGUUCAUAUAUUUGUUUACCAGGGCUUCGAGGACCAAAAUGUGAUAAAGAGGAUUCGUGUUACUUUGAGCCAUGUGCUGAUCAUGCUACAUGUGUAAAUAAGGAUGACGAGACUGGACGAAUCUGUUUAUGUGGUGGAAAAGAAAAACCAGAAUGUUAUCCCAAUUACAAUCCAUGUGAUUCAAAACCUUGUCAAAAUGGUGGCGAAUGUCAAUUAGCUGGACAUUUUAAUGAAAGUUUCAAAUGUCACUGCACUGAACAAUGGAAAGGUCAUAAAUGCACUGAAAGACGUUCAGCAUGUUUGGAGGAGGCAGCAAAGAUUCAGCGUAAUGACAGUCAUUUGUCCAUUGACCAUUUCAGCAAUUCGACUGAAGUAACUUCUGUCUGUUUAAAUGGUGGUACAUGUUUUGACCAUCCAAUAAAAUUUGAGGUUCGCUGUGUAUGUUUACCUGGUUGGAUGGGACUUAGAUGUGAAAUACCUGUAGAAGAAGAGGCAUCAAGAGUGAACUGGAUAUUAUUCACACUUAUGGGGGUCGGAAUUAUUUUGUUCAUCAUGGUCAUUGUACUUACAAUAGGAGUUAUUUGGAAAUGUUUCAUCAAAAAACGUAAAGUUCAAUAUCCAAAUAAACAUGAUGAACCUGUUGUACUAUUUCAUAAUCCUCGAAUUUCAACACAAUCGAAUUUUGGUAGUUCAUGUCCACUGAAUCAACAUUUUAUGAAUAUCACCUAUGAAGAUACAUCAACUAUUCCACCAUUAAUUAAAAAACCAUCAAAUGGUGCUUAUAGUAAACAAUUAGAUCCAAGUCCAAUACCUGAUGAAUAUGAUGAAUGUGAUCCAUUAGGUUUAAUAUACUCUGGUGCUGGAAUUUAUGAGACUGGAUUUCCACCAGAUGAAGAUAUUGACAAUAAAGAUGAUGAUCAAUUAGCAUCAAUCAAAAAAUCGUCUGAUCCUCCUCCUUUACCUAAUCGAACAGCAACAAUAUAUAAUGGUUCCGCAUCAUCAACAACUCCAAUGAUUUACGACUCCAAUCAUCCAGCCGAUCAUCAAAGAUCAUCACCAUCUCCAUCAAAUUCAAGUAGAUUUACAAAUAAUUUCAAUGAUUCCACUAUAUAUCGAUCUAUUAGGAAUACUGAUAUUGUUGUACCGAAUGUGUCAGUGCUUAAUAAUUCACCUAGUUUUAACAAUCAACCAAAGAUUUAUAGACGAACUUCCAGUGUUUGUGAUGCAUAA